AUGGGAAGCCCAAUUUCGGGGCUUCUAUGCGACCUUGUGGUUAGAAAAUUGGAAGAAAAAGUAUUGCGAAGCUUUGAAAGAGAAAUCGUUUUCUACAAGAGAUAUGUGGAUGAUUUAUUUAUAAUAUGGAGGAAUAAUCGAGAAAUUACUAGCUUCAUAGAUAGAAUCAACGAUAACGAGGAAGGCCUCAGCCUGAAGCUAGAGCAGAAAAGUUCCAUGAUGGUACAUUUCUUAGAUAUUAAUAUCAUCUUUAGCAAAGGGCAUGUAUCCACCGGCGUGUACAUAAAACCAACACAUAGCCCACUAUACAUCCCUGCUAAGUCCAAUGACCCCUAUCGUUACAAAAUGGCAGCAUUUCGUGCCUUGGUUAGAAGGGCUUUUCUAUACUGCGACAACAUUAUAGACCGGGUUACUGAGAUCGAAAGGAUCAUACAGUUAGCAGAAGCCUUAGGAUAUAAGAGAAAUAUUAUAACGGGUAUUGUUAAAAAAUUUGAGAAGAAUAAUGAUAAAGUCUCCAGACAAGGUCCAUCUAAGUACACAAAAUUUACAUUCAACAAAUAUUUAGGAGGAAUUAUGAAGGAAAUUGCAAGCGUUAAAGAUUCAACGAUGGCGCAGGCCCAAGGAUCCCUGGUUGGAUGGGAGGAAGCGGAAGUCGUGAGACAAGUACACUCACCAACUUUGGCGAGGACGGCCGAAAAAAUGGAGAUAUACAGGAGCAAACUUAAAGACGGAUGCAUUAAUGCUAGGGAUGCGGAAGGUCUUCCCUCGGCUUGGAAAUUUGCCGUUAAAAAGCUUACAAGUAGCGCAUCAACUGAAAUAUGA